ACUCAGUGUGAUCAUGUGACGGGCUCGCGAGCGCAAGAAGAGCUGGUCGGUAACGGAGGACCGAAUGCCAAUCUCAUUGAGAAAGCGCCUUUAUUGCGCGUGAGAGACGGGAGGGACAGACGUUUCUAGUGCUGCACUCACACACACACAUACACACACUCACUCACUCACACACACAGACAAGACAAGACAGAGGAAGCUUUGGGGAACUCGGGGAAAGGGUGCAUUUUCGCCGCCUCAAGAGGAAGUUAAGGACAAAUAUCUCGCUCAAAUAAAGCUUAAAGAGGGGCACGCGGGAGUCGCCGUUUCGAGUAACUUGUGGAAUUUAUCAGGAAUUGUUUAUUUAUAUUUUUAAAAGGAGACUUGGCUUCCCUCUUCACCCGUUUUGAAUUUCUUUUGUCCGUUUAAUUUCAUCUCAUCAGCUGCCCUAAAACAACUGUCAUCCCCAGAAUUGCAGUAGCCCAUUGCAGCAGCAGCGGAUUGUGCGUGAAGAGACAGCAGCCUUUCCCGCGGACGAGUCAGGCACUUGCCUUCUUCCCUUGCCUUUUUUUGUGCUCUAUUUAUUAUUUAUACUCCAGCCUUUAUUUAUCCUGGGACUUUUUCUGUCUAUUUUGGGGCGUCGGUGGUGAUUUCUGUGGAAUAUGGUGGGGGAAAUGGAAACGAAAGAGAAGCCGAAGCCGACCCCAGAUUAUCUGAUGCAGCUCAUGAACGAUAAGAAACUGAUGAGCAGUUUGCCCAACUUCUGCGGGAUCUUCAACCACCUCGAACGGCUUCUCGAUGAAGAGAUCAGCAGGGUACGAAAGGACAUGUACAACGACACGUUAAACGGCAGCACGGAGAAGAGAAGCUCCGAGCUCCCGGACGCCGUCGGCCCCAUCGUUCAGCUCCAAGAGAAACUCUAUGUGCCUGUUAAGGAAUAUCCUGAUUUUAAUUUCGUGGGCCGGAUCCUGGGACCCCGGGGACUCACAGCCAAACAGCUGGAGGCAGAGACUGGAUGCAAGAUCAUGGUGAGAGGGAAAGGCUCCAUGAGGGACAAGAAGAAGGAGGAACAAAACCGAGGCAAGCCCAACUGGGAGCAUUUGAACGAGGACCUCCAUGUGCUCAUCACAGUGGAGGAUGCCCAGAACCGAGCUGAGAUCAAGCUCAAGCGGGCGGUGGAGGAAGUCAAC